CUCCCAAGGCCAGAAUUCCUCGAUUUAUCUGGCCUCUUUAUAGGUCUCUCCCAAAUGACGGCCACGAAUAAUGCAAACAUUGAUGGCGCUAGAGUGCCCGCGGUAGCAAGUCCAGCAUGGCUCAAAAAGCAGCAAGUGCAAGAUACAUACGCUGUGGUGGCUGACAUUCCAUCGAAGAAGAAUGAGCAACCGGCUGUAGAGGCGGUGCGCGAUGGCGAGCACAAGUUUGUACGCAACCGAGCCGAGCAGAUGGCGUCAGGACAACAGGACCGGUCCAAAUAUGGAGAUAUCGUCAUUCUAAGUAUUUUUGUUGCUUGA